UUUUAUUAAUUUUAAAGGCUUUUAUUAAUUUUAAAUGUUUAGAAAAAUGAUGAAAGAACUCGAGAUUUCUACAUGAUUUUGGGAGAAAAAGUAAGGGAAAAAAACCAGUAGAAGGCGAUAAAAUUUCUUUUGAUCUAAUUUAAUUGCUCGAGCUGAUCCAUCCACGCGUUUACGGGGCGCAAUUGAGAUGAUGAUUGAAGAUUAUUAUCUCACUUAUAGGGAGAGAGUUAAUCUUACUUGUUUAUUAAGUUAUUCACGGUCGAGUGGAGAAAAUUCCUUGCGCGAUUUCCUUCUUCCAUUCCGCGCCGUUCGGCUUUACCGAACCGCAAAUCGCGUACACGUGACUCCGGUAUUCCGGUCGAGAUCUCGUCCCUUUUCUUUUUGCUGCGCUGCAACGUGGCAAGGUGAGACAUCGCGAGAGGACUCAGAAGGACGCGCACGCAUCGCGUAUGGCCACGUAAGAAGUCGCGUGGCCCUUGAAUAGCCGCUCGUUGGAAAUGAAAGACCAGUUCGAGAAUCUGUCCCUGCACACACAGAAAGGGAUAGAAUUUCUCGAGAGGUAUGGCCACUUCAUACGUGAUCGUUGCGCGAUCGAAUUCGAAUAUGCAGCGAAGCUCAGACGUCUCGUGAAGAGUUAUCAACCGAAAAAGAAGGAGGAGGAGGAUUAUCAGUAUAGUCCCUGCCGAGCGUUCAAGAUGGAGUUGAACGAGGUGAACGAUCAGGCCGGUCAGCGAGAGGUGAUCGCGGAGAAUCUCCAAGCCAACGUUCUGCGGGAACUCAACAUUCUGGUUAAAGAUUUCAAAGAGGAUCGCAAAAAACAUCUCCAGGAAGGUGCGCGAUUGAUGGCCACUCUGGCCGGUCAGAUCGGCAAUCUGGAGCGCGCCAGGAAGGCCUACGAGAAGGCCUUCCGCGAGGCGGAGCGCGCUGUGGAAAACUACCAGCGAGCGGACGCGGAUCUCAAUCUCUCGAGAGCAGAGGUCGAGAAGCAGAGGAUGAAUAUGACUAUGAAGACCCAGCAGAGCGAGGAAGCCAAAACGGAGUAUGCGAAUCAGCUGCAAAAGACGAAUGACAUGCAGACGUUACACUAUCACACGGCGAUGCCGGAAGUGUUUCAACAUCUUCAGGUACUACUUGUCGUAUUAUACUUGGAAUUAACGUUUCCGAAAUCUGUGUUCUCGCAUACGCUAUUGCUAAAAGUCUAUCUCGUUCAUUCGCUGAAUGAUACGCUUUUGGGAUUUGUUUCAUGCGAACGACAGAAGUUGAUCGAGGUGUGCAUAGCUUUAAAGAAUAAUGUGCCUGGUUAUGGUGACGGUGCCAAGGAGGAUUGUAGCGAUCUACCACCAAAUCAGCGGAAGAAGCGAUUGCAACAGCGAUUGGACGAGAUUCAGGCGAAAAUUCAGCAGGAGACUGCUGCAAGGGAUGGUCUGAUGAAGAUGAAAGGAGUAUAUGAGCAGAAUCCCGCUUUAGGAGACCCGAUGAGUAUAGAGGGACAAUUAAAUCAGUCUAGUAAUAAACUAGACAAGCUCGGAGCUGAAUUGGCAAAGUUUCAAGGCUACCUCGAAGAAGCAAUGCGUGCUGGCGCCAGUUUGUCUAGCCCAAGUCAAGCAAUGCGAAAACCUACUACUAAUGGUUCGGCAACGAGGCCGUUGAGUUCACGAAGAGGAAGUCAUUCGGGUGGCGAAGAAAGCCUUUCGAGAUCCGCUUCUGACUCGAGCGUUUGUAAUGCGAACGCCAAUCAGCCGGUUCACAAGAAGAGUGCACCAGGCACACCGCAACCAACUCAUGGUUCCACGAACAGCCCGGAAUCUGGUCUCGGCGAGUCGAGAACGUCGCUACCCGGUAGUGGUGAGGAAUAUUAUCAUGACGAAGUGGAUGCUCAGCCACCAUUGGGAACAUGUAGAGCACUUUAUCCUUUCGACGCGACUAGCGAAGGUUCCAUACCAAUGUACGAUGGCGAAGAGCUGUAUAUGAUCGAAUUAGAUCAGGGAGACGGGUGGACUAGAGUACGACGCAUCUCGCAGCCGAUUGAGGGUUUUGUGCCGACUUCGUAUAUAGAGUGUCACUUAUACAACACUUAGCCGCUUCUCCUAAGUUGUUAAAGGAGAACUGCGUGACGCAGAAUCGCUCGAAGGAGAUUAUCGAAGGCGCGUAAAGUAUUUGGUCGAAGAGGGUCAUGUGUUGGAUGAAUUGGUACGUGAUAUUGAGACAUCAACGGCGGAUCAACGGCCUAAUCAAUACUCGAACAACAAACAAAAUGGAAGGAUCUUUAAAAUCGAAAAUAUAAUUGGGAAUCUGCGAACUUUAGCAUCAGAUCGAUAAAGAUCUAUCUGUAUCGCUAAAGAUUGUGAAUAUUUACAGACAAAACAAAUACCCCGAGAUUUUUCUGAACGAUCCGAUAAAAUUGAUGAAAAUAAGAUUUCUCAUUUGCGUAUUUGCGGGAAACUGUUCAUCAAUCGAAGAAUCCAUCAUAAUCUAUAGAAGUAAAGGAUCCGCGAAAUCGGAUUAUCGCAUGCCAAUUAAGUGAUAAUAUUCUUAACGAAAUCGCGAAUACAUUUCCAACCAACACAUUUCCCUCCAAAGGAUUCCUGUUCGAUCGAUCGAUUGAUGAACUAGGAAAAAACAAAGGAACGAUACGAUACGAACAAAUACCCCGGCUUUGUGAUCAAUCAAUCUAAGCGUAAUAGCGAUAGAGUCAAGCUCAUUUUUGGACUUAUUAAGGAUUCCCCUCCCCCCCCCAAGAGACAAUUUCGCCCUUAUCCGGAUUUAUUUAAGCCUCGGCCUUUAAGCCAAUUAUGCCGCGACAUUUUCCUGUAUAAAAUUAUUAAUAAUACUUUGUUAAAUAAUAUUAGCAAUUAUCUGUUAAAUAAAUAUUUAACAGAUUAUAGCGAAUGUAGUAUAUUUAAAUUUAUAUUUAGAUCACUACUUUCGUAUUCUAAUCACGUGAUUUUUUUUAUAAACGCUCGCUGCGAUCCAGCCUUAUCUGCGUCAUUUUGAAAUUAUAAGUUGAUAUUAAUGGCUGUUAAUUGUUAAUUAUAAACUUUUAAACCGCGAAAAUACAAUUAUAGUAUCGCGGGGAAAAAUUUUACGCGCAAAGGAAUGCAUUGCACACUGAACUCUAUACUAUAUUGGAACGUUAGAUGCAUAAGAGGAAAGCGACAGAAGAGAAAUUUCAUCUAUGUUCCUUUUCUCAUACUAUUCGAAUAGAAAAGAUUAAAGAAAAUCAUUGACCAAUUAGAAGAAAAAAAUUAUGUUCUAUCCUUUAUUUUAGAAUAAUCUUUACAUGGCACUUAACAUUUCAGUAUAAUAUAAAGUUCAGUUGAAUCUGCAUCACUUUGCGUUUUGAUUCACGUUGAAAUUACUGAUAACAAUAGUUAUUACUUUAUUAAUCUCGAAAGGUUUUAUUUAGCAAUACUGUAUUAUCUCGCAGACUGUGUAUUAUAUUUCACUCUGUAAAUAAAUUUUUUUUAUUUUAAAA